AUGGAGUAUACACGCGUGGGUGAUUCCGGUCUUUACGUCUCCAAGGUCAUUCUCGGGACAGCGAGCUAUGGAUCUUCUCGCUGGCAGGAAUGGGUUCUCGAAGAGGAGGCAGCGCUUCCUCUACUAAAACAUGCAUUUGACGUGGGCAUAAAUACUUGGGAUACGGCCGAUGUAUACUCAAAUGGCCGAUCCGAGGAGAUUAUUGGCAAGGCUCUGAAAAUGUACGGCAUUCCUCGCGAGCAAGUAGUUAUCCUCUCCAAGAUAUUCUACGCGCUUGACCCGGACGGCCAGUGUCCAAUUUCCUCCCUGAACGACAAGACCAAGCGCCACCUGGUAAAUCGCGUCGGGCUAUCACGCAAGCAUAUUCUGGCCGCGGUUGUAGAGAGCACACAGCGCCUCGGGACGUACAUUGACGUCUUGCAGAUUCAUAGGCUUGACCGAGAGUGCAAUCUAAACGAGACAAUGAAGGCGUUGCACGACGUUGUGGAGAGCGGGCAGGUGCGCUACCUAGGAGCAAGCUCUAUGGCAGCGUGGGAGUUUCAAAAGCUCCAGUACAUUGCAGAGAAGAAUGGAUGGCACAAGUUCAUUUCCAUGCAGAACUACCACAACCUUCUUUAUUGGGAGGAGGAGCGAGAAAUGAUCCCCUUCUGCCGGGAUAGCGGCGUCGGUCUUCUUCCUUGGAGUCCACUCGCACGCGGUGUCCUGGCUCAUCCUUGGGCGCAACGAGAGACAAAGCGAGAGCAGACAGACACGCUUUUGAAUAGCCUGGUACGAGGACGCGAGACUGCCGCUGAUGGGAUUAUAGUCAGCAGAGUGCAGGAGAUUGCAGAAAAGAGAGGAGUUAAGAUGUCAACAAUUGCCCUGUCUUGGAGUCUGCGGCAAGGUAUGUGUCCAGUCACCGGCCUGGGAAGCACUGCUCGCAUUGAUGAAGCCGUCCAGGCUGUGGCUUUUCAGCUAUCUGAUGAUGAGGCGGCGUAUCUGGAGGAACCAUACACCGCAAAGGAAGUUGCGUACUGA